AUGGGAACAGUAUUCCAGGACAGGUCGGAUCUGUUCCUUAUAGAUCAUAAGCAGCUGACUGGAAGAGUAGCAAGAAGGAAAGAGAGACUAGACGCACUUGCGAAAAAGAGCGCGAGUAGAAAAGGAUCUUUCCAUCCUAUCCAAGCAGAUAUCUCCAAAGAAGAAGACGUUCUCAGAGUGUUCAAAUGGACCAAAGACAACCUAGGGCCAGUCAGCAUCCUCAUCAACAAUGCAGGCACAUUUAGAAGUGGAUAUCUCUCAGAAGCAAAAACUGAAGAUUGGAAUACAAUUCUUCAGCUGAAUGUUGUCGGAUUGUCGAUGGCUACAAGGGAGGCACUGAAGGUCAUGAAAGAGAAUAAAAUCAAGGGGCACAUCAUCCACAUCAACAGCAUUGCUGGGCAUCACGUGAUGAAUUUGGAGGGUGGUUUUGCUAUGUAUAUUGCUAGCAAACAUGCUGUCACUGCUCUAACUGAAUCCCUGAGGAUGGAGUUGAGCACUUCAGGACACAAAAUUAAAGUAACGAGUGUCAGCCCUGGUAUGGUAGAUACAGAGAUCAUCCCAGAGGAUUUCAAAAAAACCGAAGGGUAUAAGAAAGCUAUAGAGGAAGAGAGUAUCCUUCUUCCCGAAGAUAUUGCCGAUGGGGUAAUGUACGCAUUAUCCACUCCACCACGUGUCCAGGAUGGUACUCCUGUGCAUACGGCGAGCGCAAAUAUUGUUUAUCUCAAUAACAGAGUUUCUUAUCUAAUCGAACCAACAAUGUGGCCUCCAAAUAAACCGGACUUGCACUCUGUAGAUUUUAAUGUCUGGGGUACCUUACACGAACGGGUAUUUACAAAUGAAAGAAACUUCGAGAACUUGGAAGAAUUGAAGGAAAAAAUUGAUUACUGCGUAGAAAAUGCAACGCCUCAGUUAGAAAUAGCCCGGUCGAUACAGUUGAAGCAAAAGGGAGACACAUUCAGGUCAUUUCAAAAUUCGUUAUGUUUUGACUACAACUAG